UUGACCACGGAGAUCCGAGUGUCUGCUAACCUGACCGCAGUAGACAGGAAGGGAGAGAGUUGGAGACACAGAGAGAGAGAGAGAGAGAGAGAGAGAGAGAGAUCCACCAGUGGGCAGGCAGGAGACGGGUGCAAGCUCUCCUCCCUCUUGCUCUGUUGCAUCCAUCCAUUCUCUUAUUUAUCCAUCCCUCUUUCCAUCCACCCAUUAAUUCACAAGGGCGUCACAAGGGGUGACAAGACCCGACUGAGAGGCGCAUACAUGUAUGCAAUUCGUGCGUAUGCCUGAGCCCUCCGUUUAUGUAUGUUUGUCUACGUAUGUGCGUAUCUGGUCUGCCCGUGGAUCCGCUGACAUGAGGAGCUGAAACAGAACCGACAGAAGGAUGAAAAUGCUCCGGUUUCGCAGCCCAAGCAUCCGCUCCUUGGACCAGGAGGUCCUCUGCACGAUCCGGUUACUGGACGACACCGAAAUCUCCUGCAGCAUUCAGAGAGACACUAAAGGCCAGUUCCUCCUGGACCAUGUGUGUAACCACUACAACCUACUUGAGAAAGACUACUUUGGUAUUCGAUAUGUGGACCCCGAGAAACAGAGGCACUGGCUAGAGCCCAACAAGCCCGUGGUGAGGCAGAUGAAGUCAGCUCAGCAGCCGUACACGAUGUGUUUCCGGGUCAAGUUUUAUCCCCACGAGCCAAUGAAAAUCAAGGAGGAGCUCACCAAGUAUCUCCUGUACCUCCAGCUGAAGAGAGACGUCUACCACGGUCGUCUCCUUUGUCCUUUUGCUGAAGCUGCAUAUCUUGGAGCCUGCAUCAUACAGGCUGAGCUCGGGGACUACGACCCAGAGGAGCACCCGUCAGACUACAUCAGAGACUUCAAGCUGUUCCCUAAACAGUCCCUCAAACUGGAGAGGAAGAUUAUUGAAAUACACAAGAACGAGCUCAGGGGCCAGUGUGCUGCAUUUGCUGAGUUGAACAUGCUCCAAAGGUCUCACAGCCUUGAGACGUAUGGAGUUGACCCUCACCCAUGCAAGGAUUUCACAGGCUCCACAGCCUUUCUCGGGUUCACAGCCACAGGUUUUGUGGUCUUCCAGGGAAACAAGAGGAUCCACCUCCUCAAAUGGGCUGAUGUCAGCAAGCUGAAGUUCGAAGGGAAAACCUUUUACGUCAUCGGAAUCCAGAAAGAGUCGUCACUGAAGAAACUGGUGUUGACAUUUCACACCUCGACCCCUGCUGCGUGUAAGCACUUAUGGAAGUGCGGGGUGGAGAACCAAGCCUUUUACAAGUGUGCAAAGUCAAGUCAGAUAAAGACAGUUUCCAGCAGUAACAUCUUCUUCAAAGGCAGCCGGUUCAGAUACAGCGGAAGAGUUUCAAAGGAGGUGAUAGAAGCCAGCUCGAAGAUUCAGAGAGAGCCACCAGACGUUCGCAGAGCCCAGUUUGGUCAGAGUCGAAGUUUUAACUCUCUUAGCCAUAAAAACCUCAUCAUGAACAUGGAGCCACUGGUACCUGCACUGCCUUCCACCAACGAAUACGAAGACACGGCUACAGACACUGGUGUUGUUGCUGUGAAGGAAUCUGUCCCCUUGUCUCCUCUCAAACCUUCAGCUGCACCUGCAAACACAGAGCAACAAAGUAAUGAAGGAAUCUCUGCUUUAGGCAAUGACCUGCAUCCUUCCCAUGUUUCCACGGAAGUCUCAAAUCUCCGACCUCAGACGCCCAAAGCUGAAGAUGAAGUGGAGGAAGAUGACGAGGCCAGCGGUGCCCUCACCAUUUCUGAGCUCGUCUACAGUCCUUGCGCCAGCAUGCUACCCACCCCAGUGGACGACAGUCAGGGAGGCGUCGACAUGCUCAUCUCCUCUCCGGUCCAGAGCCCCGCCAGGAUGCUGAGGGAGCUCCAUGCCGACCCUGACAUCCAGGCCAGGCUGGAGACUGAGAGGGAGCGAGACCGGGCCUACGAACGCACCCGAAUGGCUGCCAGCGGUGGAAUGGGUGGCGUCCUGUCCAGCAGCCUGCGCCUGCUAUCGUCCAAUGAAAGCGUCAAUGCGUGUGUGCUGAGUGUGGCCCGCUUUGUUGCUGUGGUAAUGGGUAUCCUGCUCGUCACUGUGCCCACACUGCUGCUACUGCUGGAGUCAGACAUUGACGUGUCGUUCCUCCAUGAGAUCCGCCAGACGCCGGAGUUUGAGCAGUUUCACUACGAGUAUUACUGCCCGCUCCGCCGCUGGAUCCUGUGUAGGAUCAGCAUGGCCAUGGAGAACCUCUGGUCAGACUGAGGAAAAGAAGAGUCACUGCAGGAGGAAACAAGAACGCCCAAAUGUCUGUCUUAAUGUGUAAUUUAAUCUUAUAUUCAGUUUCAACAACUGGUGAGACACAACAACCAGUCUGCCAAUGGGAUGAUGUUAUUUCACUUGUUUAAGAGCAAAUUCAAUUUAUUUUAAGAGCAUGUGCAAUGGAGCACUCACAAAAUUGCAACAGCAUAAUUUGUUAAAAAGAGGCCUGAGAUGGAUAAACUGUCGGGCCUUUUUGGACAACAUUAUUUUUGAAUGAAUUAGACCCGAACAAGUAGAUUAGUUUCACCUCUUUGGCAGCAUAAAUUGGAGUCUUGUAGAAAAGAGAGAUGAAAGAGAAAUACGGUUAUACUCAUAGGAUCCAAUCACUUGUUAAAAAGUCUUUUUGUCUAAAAAGAAAGGACAAGAAAGACCGAGUGUUCGAGGAAAAACCUGUGGAGUGGAAAGAUUCAUGAAAAUAUAAAAACAAGGAAAGUCGUGGAUAGAGAGAAAGUCACAAAAGAACUGGUUGGUUUCGUUUGAAUAGAACUUUUGAAGGUCUGUUCACUCCUGAUGCUGACGAGCUGAUUCAAUGACUCUUUGGUAAAUAGCGCGAACCAUUCUGAUCGGUUCUGGCCUUCAGAUUGGAACACCUGAUUGGUCACAGAACCUGUCAGUCAUGACGGAGUGGGCGGGGACAGAGAGAGAAAUGAUUGAUUUGUCACUGGACGCAACAAUAGCCACACUCAAAGGUACAUUAUAUAUAUUUAAAAACAAAAGAGAAUUAUUGGUAACUAAUACCUAUCUUAAAUAAGUUGUUUUUAACGUUUUGUACAUUUUUAUGUGAUCCAGAUCUUUCAGGAAUUUUUCAGUCAGAGGAUCUACCUUGAGCUUAUUUUAAAAUUAAGAGUUUACAAAAGAUUACAAAAAAAAGCAAAUUUAUUGAAGUUUAUCGGGGUGAUGGGUGUUGAGAAAUUUAAGAUAUUUUUUAAGCCUACCGUCAGCAUUUGUUCACCCGGUAGCACCCUGGGUUUUUUCCUACAGAGGCGAUAGCACAAAUCUUUUACACAGACCACAGAUUACUACCGUUUCAGAUUAUGUGAUGUCAUUUUGGAAACAGGAGGGCAGCGGAUUAGAGAAACUUUAGUCUGUUUGUGAUGAAAAAACAUGUGUUUUGUUGAACUUCUAAAUGUCUUCUGAACUAAAUAUUAGCUCAUUAAUUAAGGCUACUAGUGCAUCUUUCAGUGUGUUUUAAGAGAGUUUGAACAUAAAUGUAUGAAGAAACGGUAAGGGACAAAAAGCUUACUUGUAGGCUCAUGAUGAAAAGUUACUUUGUUGUAAUAGUGGAUAAAACCGUGAUUUUGGGUCAUUUGUUAGUCGAUGGUGUGCUACUUGUGGGAGAUCGCUGUGUGUAUUCUCAGAGGGAUUUGAAGUGAUAGGAUGGUACACUCAAAAUGCCCAAAGGACCAGGUGUGUAUACUCCAACCUGACUGCUGCUAGGUGACAAAUGAUGCUUAACGGUCUAAAUCUCUCAUACAGGUCUUUCUGUGGUCAUUUUCGGGUGAAGAAGAUGUUGAUCUGACUGAACGAAUGUGGCACAGUUGGAGUACAGUUGCAGGUAUUUAACUUAAGCAUUUUAGUCGCUAGAUAAGAAUAGAAAUGAUUUGUAGCCAUUUCUAUUAAGAUCUGUGAUGUGUUUAUCAUUUAGAUGACUGCAACUGUUUAUUCACUUUACUGAGUACAUGACAGUGACCAACAAGUUAUCAGGAGGAAUGUGCUUCUGGUUUGUUCACAGACAUUCACCGCUGAUAUGGCUGGGGGUUCCCAAAAGGUCUGGAGGGCUGUUGUCAGAGAUUAAAAAAAAUCAAGGUUAAAACCCAGAUUAUGUUAUUUAAAAAAAUCUCUAUUUGGUACAGAGAGAUAGAAAUGAACUGUAGAUGUGUUGGUCUUUGUAAUGCAGUUUAUUUUUGUGUACUUUUACAAAGUUGCGGUCACAGUAUGAAACGCAACAGAGACUUCCACAAUGUAACCUUAUGACUUAGCUCAUCAUUGGGCUAAAGAACUAAAUCAGAGUCCUGUAGCUCUGAUGAGAAAUUGCAUCAGUCACUUUUGGAAACUUACAGCCGUCGCCGUGUGAUUGGUCAUCAUACAGACAGUGCCUGCCUGUUACAGUGGCGCAGCAUGGAGAAGAGAACCGAGAGCUACAGAGAUGAGAAAUUACGUCAGAUCAAAUGAAAACAGAUGGUUUUUUUGCUCAAAAUGUAGUUCAAUUUGGAUCAACUUCUCAGGAACGGGCAUUAGCGGUUUAUGUUCAAAUAACAAAUAUAUGUUUAAAAAAUAAAAAAGGAAAGAAAAAUGCAUCUAAUCACAACAUACGCCAUAACAUGUAUCCAUAACCUUCAUACUGUACAUGUCUUGCUAUUAUGCUGUUAUGAAUAUCCAAACACUUUAUAUAUUUAUACCAAGUCUGUAGCUGGAUAUAAAUAUGGCUGUGUUGUUGUAGCCUCAUUUCACUCAGCUACAUAUGCAUCCAAACAUAUUACCCAAAACAAUUUUACUGUUGAGAGUAACUGCAGUUUGGCCAUCAUAGCUGAGCCUCCAUAUUGCUUUACUGCAGAGCGGACUGUCGGUUGGUGUGCUACUAUCAAAGAAGGAGUAGCAACAUGGAGUCUAGAUCGGCCAAUCUUUCUAUCAAAGCUCUCACACAGUAUUUAGGCUCUUAUUUAAGAAAUCUCUCUCCAUACUCUUUGGCUACUACAGAGGCCUUUGCAGGGCACAUCACCAUCAAAGCCCUCUUAUUAUAAUCCAUCAAAUGUUGCUGCCUCAUGAUAUCAGCUGCUUUGUCGGGGAACUCUGUUAUGCAAUGACGAGCUUUAUGCAUACAGCAAAUAUGCAGUAACAAAAGAAUCACGCUUGUUUGGGACAAAGCAUUUAUUUUCCUACUACAGCAUGAGUGUCAACGCUGAAACCAAGCG